AUGAUCUGUGAUGCACUCAUUGUGUCACAUCUAGCGAAAACGCAUCAAAGAGAUAUGAUUCAUCGGCAGCCUGAUGAUUUCUGCUCGUCAUCAACGGGCAUGGACCAAGAGGUUCAAGCAAACGCGGCAAGUGUCAAAUCGAUGAUGGCUUCACAAAUGAUGCAAAAACGUGAGGUAGAAGACAAGAACUUCCUCACUUACAUCGGUAACGUACCAGAGCACAUCGGCGUAUUGAUGAUGCAUGCACGACGUUUCCGCCGAUAA